UUGAUUGCGUCAAACCUGACACUCAGGAGAAAGUAAACGCUGUCCCGGUCCGAGUCUCUUUGUGGAUCCUGACAGCUCUGUUCGGAGGAGUUCGGCUCUUUGCUUUGUCUGGAACGAGAAAACUUGGCGCCGACAGAAGCACAAAAUGGAGAUAGAGAAGGAAGUGAAGAAGAUGACCCUCGGCCACGAGUUCGGAGCCGGAGCCGCUUGUUUGAAAUGCAAGGACAAGUGCGAAGGCUUCGAACUGCAUUUCUGGAGAAAAAUCUGCAAAAACUGUAAGUGUGGCCUCACAGAGCACGAUGUGUCCAUGGACUCGGAGGAGAAUAAGAAGGUGGGCAAGCUGUUCGAGGACACCAAAUACACGGGCCUCAUCGCCAAGCUGAAGACCGACGGCAUCCCCGGCUACCAGGCCAACAUGGUGACCAUCACCCUGCCCAGCUCCACCACUGCCUGCGUCAUACCGCCCAGUGUCUCCUCCACCGUGGCGCCGCCCUCAGCCACAGCUGGUUCUGUGCAGCCAGUCCCUCCAGGCUCAGCAGCCACUGGUGGUCGGACCCAAGGUCAGGCCCAAGGUCAGGCUCAGGCCCAGGCCCAGGCCCAGGCUCAGGCCCAGGCUCAGGCCCAGGCUCAGGCCCAGGCCCAGGCUCAGGCCCAGGCCCAGGCUCAGGCCCAGGCCCAGGCGGUACCAGCCCGUGUCACGCCUGUCAAGGCCAACACAGUGCCUGUUGCUGUUAGUACCACAUCAGCCAAUGCGGUGUCAGUACCCAAAGAGGUUCCAAUGAAGUCUGUCACCUAUGAGUGGGUGCCACCAGUAGCCAAUAAGUAUCUGGCAGCACGUUACAUCGAGCUGCUGCCACCAGAGAAGCGUCCGGUGGCCGGUACUAGCGGAGCCGCUUACAGGCGCCAGCAGAUGUCACGCCAGCUGCCUGAGCACGACCAGGACCCGUCCAAGUGCCAUGAGUUGAGCGCUCCUGAGGUCAAGCAGAUGCAGCAGUACGUUCGCAAGUACAAGGAUGAGGCACUGGGGGUGGGGGACGUCCUGCUGCCAGAAGAGAUGGCUCUGGUCCGGGCAGGAGGACAGGGUGCAGCCGGAGGUGCAGGGGCAGGGACUGGUACUGGAGUGGGAGCACCUGGGCCUGCUGCUGCUGGCGCCGGUGCUGGUGUUGGGCCAGCGGGUAGGGCUGCGGUCUCUGCAGGUUAUGGGCCUGGAUCAGGCAGCGGUGGCGCUGGACUCCUUCCAGGGACUGGACCGUCUGCUGCUGGUGGACCUGCUGGAGGAGCCUUGGGUACCACUUCCACUGCUGGAGCCAUGGGAGUCGCCGGAGCUCAGCAACCUGGACUCCCUCAGCAGAACUACUCGUGCCAUCACUGCCGUCAGCCCAUGCGUCUGGGCGAGCCGGCCGUCUACGCCGAGCGCGCCGGCUUUGACAAGCUGUGGCACCCGGCGUGCUUCGUGUGCUGCACCUGCAGCGAGCUGCUGGUGGACAUGAUCUACUUCUGGAAGAAGGGAAAGCUGUUCUGUGGACGCCACUACGGCGACAGCGAGAAGCCGCGCUGUGGAGGAUGUGACGAGCUGAUCUUCAGUAACGAGUACACUCAGGCCGAGGGCCAGAACUGGCAUCUGAAGCACUUCUGCUGUUUCGACUGUGACUGCAUCCUCGCUGGGGAGACGUACGUGAUGGAGAAUGAGAAGCCUGUGUGCAAGCCGUGCUACAUGAAGAACCACGCCGUGACAUGCGCAUCCUGCCGGGCCGUGGUGGAGCCUGAGGCCCAGCGCGUUUCCUACGGCGAGCACCACUGGCACGCGGAGCCGCAGUGCUUCAGGUGCGCUGGCUGCUCCAAGUGCCUGACGGGCCAGCGCUUCAUGGUGGUGCAGGGCCUCCUCUUCUGCUCGGUGGAGUGCAAGAAGAAGACGGUGGCCUAGAGGGCGCUGUGGACCAGGAGCCGUCCUCCAGCCGAAUGCAGUGCUUAACUUAGCCAGCUGAAGCCUCCAGUGCCUCCUCCCGUCCAGUCCGGGACCAGUGUUGAUUCAUUGUUCAACAAGUACAUUUCUGUGUCGCUUUUUUGCACUUUUGUUACCGAUGAGAUUAGUUUUGUACAAGUCACAGUGGGAAGGCACUUUUUAAAGUUCGACCUGUGUUGGUUUGUUAGUAUUUGUGCUACUACUGAUGCUCUGUCUUCGCUGCACAGUGCAGUGAACAGCAUCACCUGUUUGGGGCGAUGUGUGUUCCAGAUCAAAGAAAAGACUAAUGAUGAUAAGAAUGGAACGUAUGGAUGCGUUAUUCGUUUUGUGACAUUUAGUGCAGUUCAUUACAUUUAGAGCCCCAGUGUCCAACUUUGCUGGGCUCCACCUGUGUCUCUUUUUUUUCAACAUCAGUAUUGGUAUAAAGUCUGCAUCUAACUGGAA